GGGCGAGCAGGGAGAGUCAUGGCGUCCGAGGGGGACGGCGCGAGCGGAGUAGCUGUGGGUGUGGAGCCGCUGCAGGGUGGCAGCACGGGGUGCGCGGACACCGGCAGCGAGAGCGGCUCGGACAGCACCUCGCUGUCCGCCAGCUCCGAUGACCUUGAGCCUGAAUGGUUGGAUGGUGUGCAGAAAAAUGGGGAGCUAUUUUAUUUAGAAAUGAGUGAAAGUGAAGAAGAAACUUUACUUCAGAACGCCUGUCCAGAAAUACCAUCGGUGAAUCAUGUCAGAUUUCGUGAAAAUGAAGCGGAAGUUAUUCAGGAGGGAUCACGAAAAGAAAGAAAGUAUGAACUGAAGAAACUGACAAAAAUCUUAAAGAAGAAGAAUCUUUUACCAAAGCAUUCUAGUAAGAAAGGAAGUGGAAGCUGUAACGUGCGCUCCAGUGGUCCAACUUCCAUACUGAAACACCACUCCACUCAGAAAAUGGGUGAAAUACAGCAGAAGUACAAAGAUAUCUAUGUUUAUGUAAAUCCCAGAAAACUGUUGGGGAAUGCUGGAGAAGAUGAGCAGCACAGGCUGCUAGAGGCCUUGGUAGGAAUUCUCCAUCAGUCUUCGUGGAGCAGCAGAAGAGCAGAAAAACAAGGCAAGAAGGAUAAGGUCACCAGAGGAAUCAGUGAAGAGAAGCUUGUAGUACAUGGCUUGGUGCCUGGCGGUUCAGCAAUGAAAACAGGCCAAAUAUUGAUUGGAGAUGCUCUAGUUGCUGUAAAUGAUGUCGAUGUGAAUUCUGAAAACAUAGAAAGAGUUUUGUCUUGCAUUCCAGGUCCUAUGCAGGUAAAACUCACAUUUGAGACAUCGGUAUUUGAACCUGAAGGAGCCUCUCAGCAAAGACAUAAACGGGAGCAGUCAAGUAUGAACAACCUGGUUCGGCUUUUGUGGGGGGAAGACAGCACGGGCCUUCAACAGGCUGUACAGACCGUUCCUCAUAUUGUUAUGUUCCUCUCACUGAAACUGGACUCUGAAACAGCUAAGGAUGAGCAAGAAAUUCUUUAUCAGUACCCCAUGUCAGAAGCAUCCCAAAAACUGAAAAACGUGAGGGGAAUAUUUCUCACCCUGUCUGACAUAAUGGAAAGUGUUACUGGUGCCCAGAUUCUCAGUUCCUCCCUUUUCUUGUGUGAAAAACUAGUUCAAGUUGUUUACUGGAAAGAAUGUGACAAGUUGCUCGUGAUUGGCCUUCCUGAAGAAAAUGUGUCGCUUACUCAGCUGAGGAACAUGAUUGAAGAUGUUGUCAGGACCUUAAAAUUUAUGUACAGCUCUUUAGACAGUGCUUUUUGCCAGGUGGAACAUGUUUCUCGUCUGGAUCAUUUUUUCAACCUGUUCUUCCAGCGAGCACUUCAGCCUGCAAGACUCAACUCAAAUGCCAGCCCCAGUGCUCAACACUACACUACCUGCAGUGCAUUAUUCUUAGACAGCCUCCCAGGCUUGCGCUGGCUGACUUUGCCUCAGGAAAUCAAGAUGGAAAUUGACACGGCACUGAGUGAUCUUGAAGCAGCUGAUUUUGCUGAACUGUCUGAAGAUUACUACAACAUGAGAAGAUUAUAUAUGAUUAUGGGCUCCUGUCUCUUCUACAAGGGUUACUUGAUUGGCAAUCACUUGCCAAAGGAAGAUCUCAUUGAUAUAGGUUUAUAUAGCCAGCACUAUUGUCUGUUACCCUUGGCAGCAGAACAGAAGAUUGGUCAGUUAGUGAUAUGGCGGGAAGUAUUUCCACAACAUCAUAUCCAAUCAUGUGAAGUGCCAGAUUUUACAGGAUACACUGAACCCGAAGCGAGAUACUUCUUAUUGAUAGUUGGCUUGAGACACUUUAUGCUGUGUGUUCUGCUAGAGGCAGGAGGCUGUGCAUCAAAAGCCAUUGGGAAUCCAGGACCAGACUGUAUAUAUGUAGACCAGGUCAAAGCCACUAUACUUCAACUGGAAGGUAUAGAUGCCAGCAUAGAGGAGAGGCUAGAUUCUCCUUCCAUUCCACCUUUAUCUUGUGCUGACUGGUUCCUUCCUACAACACGUGACAAACUGGAGAGCUUAACCACCUCACCUAUCCUAAGUAAGAUACAAAAUGCCUCCAGAACAGGAACUACUCCAGCAAGCAAAAGGACUCUGUUUGGUGACUCUUCCUUAACAACACGUAAGCCAAGUCCUACAAGAAACAGUGGAGGACCUGACCAUGGUAAUGAAGGUCCUGCAGAAGAUGAAAGCAAUAAUCUACACUCUCUAGCAGAUCAGGUUGCUAGAAAAAAACAUACUCUACCAAAUCCAUUUCAUUUAGGAAACCUUAAGAAGAACUUGUCAGAGAAGGACAUGGAACUUUUUAACACUAUCAAGUUGACAUCUGGUCCUGAGAAUACCCUAUUCCACUAUCUAUCUUUGGAAACAAUGCAUGGAAUCUUUAUUACUCCGACUCACAAGGAAGUUGCACGGCUCGGGGGCUCCAUCCACCCUCGGUUAAUUGAGAAUUUCCAUCGUUGCUGUCUCUCAAUUCGUUCAGUUUUUCAGCAGUGCAUGAUGAAAGAAAAAAAGAAGAAAGCAGGCAGUAAGAUCUCAGAAUUUAGUAGUACCGAUGAAGACAUUGGUCCAGUAAGGGAACACGGAGUUCUGUUUGAGUGCUCUCCUGAGAACUGGAAUGAUCAGAAGAAACCACCACCAACACUGAGUUACUGGGUUGUGGGGAGACUCUUCUUGCAUCCAAAACCACAGGAGUUUUAUGUUUGUUUCCAUGACUCAGUCGCGGAAGUCGCUGUUGAGCUGGCCUUUAAGCUGUCCUUCGGUUUAGCUACGUAGAUGAACUUCCUGAAUAUUCAGCCAUCCUUGUUCUCAUCUCUCAAAGCAUUUAAGGGUAGCGAGAAAUUAACUCAAUUGAGGUGACUGCCGAUGGUUCACCUUUGAAAUGCUUUUAAAAAGGUAAAUCUACCUUUUGAUUUGACACCGAUGAAACUUUAGAGAUGAUUCUAAUGACCUCAUCAGUUGAAUACUUAUAAAAAAUUUCAGAGCACCAAAGUUUUUGUAUUUAUCUAUUGUCAAAUUAUUUAUCCUCCUUGUAACUUCAUUAUGUGAAGGCCUCCCAUAAUAAGUACAUUCACUGCUCUUCACUGUCCAGUAUUCAAUGUGAAAUGAUACACUGAUAUCCUCAAAGUGCUCUGUGAAUAUUUGGCAGUCACUGAUAGGGAAAAGUAAAUUUCCCAAUUAAUGAAAACUUUGUGCUUCUAAGCACAUGAAAAAUACACAAAUAUUUUCAGUAACAUUGUGUUAAUCACAACAAAAAGAAACCUUUUAAAAGAAUGAUGAUGUUUAGCCACCCAAAACUGGUGGUGUAACAUUUUUGCUAGUGCACACUGUUAGACCUACAGCGGUAACUGAUGUUUUACCUGAUUUCAUGACUUUUAUCAUAAAUAAUGCUUACAUUUGUUAAAAAAGCAGUUUUGAAGACACAGAAGAGGUGUGCUGAGGGUGAUAUUUUUGUUUAAGACCAAUGCAUGGAUAGCUACUUUUGUAUUAUGUUCAUAAUUUCAUAAUAAAAAAUGUAUAUUUUUAAAAGACCA